AAAAUCUGACAUAUACUCUGACAUUGACAAUAAAUUCCAUUUCUUUAACAUUUCGGCUCGAUGUAAAAAAUGCUAGUGAUUGUAACUCCAAUUUCAUUACUGAUACUCUUGACCUGGUUGAAUGUUAUCUGCUGCAGCACCAUCCUAUGCUGCUAAACUGAACAAUGUUAUGCUUGUAUGCUAGCAUAGCGACUGCAAUAGCUGUUGCUGCACUCUGCUGUGUAGCCAGAAGAGUUAUUCCCUGUUUGUAACCUGAUAUCACCAAGAUGUCCAAGGUGGCCAAAAAACCUGCUGCUAAGGUCAGCAAGACCUCAGCUCGCCCAUCAGUUCAGUCGAAAUCGAAAGUUUCCCUGAAACCAGGGGAUAAGGGAAAACCUGGUGCUCCCCCAGAGAAGAAGAAAGCCCCAGAGUUCGUUAUGCCCGCAUUCAGUAUACUACCCAAAGCACAAGACAAGAUCGACUGGGAAGUCAUCAAAGCGCGGACCAUGAGGAGACAAGCACCAGAAGGCGAAGACAUCAAAGAGAUAAGAAGGAUCCUCAAAGAAGUGAAAGACCAGAAAAUCCCAGUGCAUGACUUUAUCAACUUGGUGAGCUCUUAUACCGCCGAUAAUGGUGCUGAGUUGAGGACUAUCAUGGCAGAGGACGAAGCGACAUUCCUGAAGCUAGCUAGAAAAGUGUACGAAACAAUGACACAAGACGUGAGCGAUGUCCUAGUGAACGAGCAACUCCAGAUGGCGCAGUACUACGAAGAAAGACACAACCUGAUGACCGAGAAAAUGAUGCGAGCUAUAAAUGAGAUCUACGAAAUGGCUCCUGACUUCGAUUUCGAAAAGUUCGUCAGAGACAGAGAAGAUUACCUCAAGACCAUCCUGCCGCUACCAAUCAUAGUCAACAAGGCUGCUGAAGACAUAGAACUCCAGAGACGACAAGAAGCCUACCACAGACUCCAAUGGCUGAGGAGCGAAGGUGAAAGAAUGACUGAAGAGAACAGGAGGCUGCAAAGAAGACUGGAGGAACUGAAGGAAGAACAAAAACGUGAGCAAAUCGUAGCCUCUGAAGUGGCAGCAGAAGUCGAAGCUAAGAGACAAGAGCUAGUGGUCGAGGAGACAAAAAUGAAGGACCAACUGGAUGUACUGAAUGAGUCUGUGGAGAAGACGUUCAUCGAAAACGAAGCUGUGAUGAGCAAGCAGCACAACGUCACAGCAUCCACCGGUGCUGUUAGCAGACCUCCACCCAAGAAGAAGCCUCUGAAGAAGAGGAAGCCCGUGAAGAAAGAAUGGGUAUCCGAAAUUGCUUCUGAGAUGGAUGACAUUGCCAUCCAGCAGGCUAUGGCAACGGAAGCCGAAGGUGUUCCUCCACCUACUAGGCUCGAGUAUGUCAUGGAGACUCCUGCGCCCUAUGAACCUCCAAGACAAAGGUCCCCAUUCCACUUUUCUCCUGAGUACAGGGCUCCACCAGAACCGGUUCCUCCGAGGGAGGUGUUGGAGGAUACUAGGAUCGAGCAGGCGCAGGUUAGGGUGCAGCAGAGGAGGCCUGUCCCACAAAGUAGAGCUAGCUUGGCACCAAGAGACACGUGGGGAGGAUUUCAUUGAUGGUACUCGUGAAUUAUGUUUUAUAAACGGUCUGAUAGUUGAAUUAAACUCAUUACAUAAAUUCUUGGAUUUUAUAGAUUUUUAU